AUCCAAAAGCUCCCUGACUGAGUUGCAAAAACGUGACAUGCGCUAUUGAAUCCGUCCAUAGUUAUAGUCAGCGCCAAAUUCCCGAAACAAUGAAUCUUGAACACUUGUACGACCACUUCCGUUACAUGUGGCAUGGAUUUCGGACCUUAUCCGCUGAGGAGCAAGUAAAACUCGAGCACUCGCUCCGAUUGUUGCAGCGAGCUCAGAAGCUACAAUCGGUAUAUUUCAUGGGCAAGCUUGAGGGCAUAGAGGCGGAUUACUUACUGGCUUUCGGAUGUCCCGGGCGGGACGUUUUCAAGGACCGUUUGUUCUUCUAUAGUCAAGAUUCCUCGGACUGGUUUAUGCUUCAAGAACCCAAGGAAUGGGAUGGUGACUUGUGGAGUAAAAUAAGAGCUCCGUUUCAAGGUGAUCCAGCAUUAAAAAUUGAAGUUAACCUAGGCCCAGGGUUUGAAUUAGAUGAAGACCUUGUUCCGAUUCAAACCGAUUCCAAACCGUUCACUUUGAAAGAACAGAACCGUUUGUGGUUUACGAUGAGCAAAGUUCUGGAAGAGGCGGCUCUGUUGCCACGUGGCGUUCUCUAUCAAGACACCGACGGAUCACAUGUUAUUAAUCCGUUUUUCAACGGUCUCAGCCUGAAUGAAAGUAUGAAGCUUUGUAACUAUCAACAUUUUCGGAAACCGAUUUAUUCAACUCAAGAUAAUCUGCUCCGACGGGAAGACUACAGCUAUUUUACAGACGUUUACGACACUGCUGAAGAUAUACUUCCGAAAGAGAAAAGCUACGUUGUUCGCCACGAUCUAGAACGAAAUAUUUUAACUCUUAGGUCUUUGCAUUGGCCAGGGUUGGUUUGCUUCCAUCGGGCUAAUAGUAACAUUUACGGAUUUUAUUAUUACGGAGAUGGAAUCAAAAAUUGGGAUUUGAUGUUCCGCUGUUAAGAAAUUCAGAAAUUAAAAAAGCUGUACUUUUGAAACCUUGAAGUUUUGCGAACGUUAGAAAUAUAGCAAAAAAUGGAAAUG